CAGCACUCGCUGCAGUCACAUCUCUACUCACCCAUCGAUGCCAUAACCACGAUGGCAACUUCAGAAACCCAAGGCGCAUCCUACGAAGCCGAGCACGUUCACUCGGUCUAUGAAGAAAUUGCAUCCCACUUUUCUUCCACCCGCUACAAGCCCUGGCCCAUAGUUGAGCGUUUUCUAACAGAACAAAAUGACGGCGCCAUAGGCGCAGAUGUGGGAUGUGGGAAUGGAAAGUAUCUGGCUGUUAAUAAGAAGGUGUGGAUUGUGGGCAGUGAUCGGUCUACAAACCUUGUCAAGAUUGCGAAACAACAUGAACCGCACGAUGUAGUCGUAGCAGAUAAUCUCUCGCUACCUCAUCCAAACGGUGUGUUUGAUUUCGCCAUCUCGAUAGCGGUCAUCCAUCAUUUGUCAACGCCGGCGCGGAGAGUGGAGGCCGUCAAGUGUGUUUUGGAUUUACUGCGGCCUUCAUCACCGUCGAAGCAAGAUGGAGAUGCUGGCUUGGAGGGUGGUAGAGCAUUGAUUUAUGUCUGGGCACUUGAACAGAAAGACAGUAGAAGAGGAUGGGACGAAGGUCACGAGCAAGAUGUCAUGGUGCCGUGGGUCUUGAAGCAGAAGAAAGAGAAGGAGAAGGGGCGGAGGAAGAAGAAAGAUGAGAGUCAGGCUGUUGAAGAAGAGGCGCCGAAGCCGGAUGGUGAUAAGACGUUUUUGAGAUAUUAUCAUUUGUAUCGGAAAGGGGAGCUUGAGAGGGAUAUUGAACAGGCUGGUGGGGCUGUGUUGGAGUCGGGGUAUGAGAAGGAUAAUUGGUGGGCUAUUGCGAGACUCAGAUGAGUAUCUCGAUGAUAUUUACUUGUGCUA